GUUCCUAAAGAGGUGCUGUGUGGCAUUGAAUCAUCACUUUUUACCAUUUUGUCACAGAAAGCAUCUAUGUCUUUACAACCAAUGAGCAACCUCAGCUUGUUUAGUAAAGAGCUUGUGCAAACUGUGCUUCAAGAAGUAAGCCAUAAAUCUAGUAUACUUGUUCAGAAUAGAAAGGCAGGGAUUAAAGGAGAAAAAGAUUACUGGGGUGGAGAACAUAAGACAUCUGCUAAAAUGGAUGAUCAAGAUUUAGUCAAUUUAGUUGUAGAGAGACUUCAGCCUACAUUGCCACUGAUAUUUAGUGUAGAGCAGCCUGAUACUAAAAACAAUUUCACCACAGCUGAAGAAACUUCCUUAGAUGUAGAUGAGAGGGCUAACAAUGUUUUGCAAGCAUUUGAUGCAGUGCUUACUCCUGACAUGAUAGCAUCUAUAACAGCAGAAAUAAAGCUAAAAAUUUUACCAGCAUUGUCAAACUACUUAUUUAAAUGCCAACAGAAUGAUGACAGAGCAGAUGGCAAUAUUAAUGACUGGGAUUCCUGCAUAGAGCUUGUAACAGAAGACAUUAUCUGGUUUAUAAUUGAAAACCUCAAGGAAUCUCUGAGUAUCUCCCAAUUUAUGGAUGGUACAUUUGCAGUCCCGAGCAAAGCUUCCAUUUCACAGCAAGAACUGGCCAAAUCUCUCUCCAUGGAAAGAGUCUUAGACAUUUGCAAAAGUGUCUCACGUUCUUUGUCAGAUAAAUCUUUGGACAUAUUUGGACAGGCCCAGAGUCGUUCACAAAUGUGCUUGCUUUCUGCUGAGGUUGUCAAGUGCGUCAUUGAGGGUCUUGUGAAAGGCGCCAAUGAUGAAAGCAAAGAAUCUAACAAAGAGUUAUCUAGGAAACCACCUAAAGUUGAAAGCAAAAGUACAGUUCAUAACAGUGGUUGCAAUGAGAAAAUAAAUAUGUCACCACAAAGACAUACAAAGCUGUUGCCAGAAAUAGAGAAGGAGCCGUACGUGUGCCAGUUCAGUAAAAAAACACCCUUGGAAUAUAGUGCACCUGAAUCCAGAGAAACAUUUGUGAAGGGAUCUUUGAGUCAAGUUAAGAAAGCAUCAGGAUCUGAGGAUAAGAGAGAAAAAAAGCAAUCUAAAAUCAAAUCAAAAACCCAAUCAGAGGCCAGUUCACUGAGUCACCAAAAUAUUAAGUUUAUUCCUUCAGUUGGGCUGAGACAGAAUUUACCAUUAAAGGCUUCAACUGCGUCUUCUAAAAUGUCAGUUUCAUCUGAAUUGGUAGAAAAAAUUAUAACUAGGUUGCUGCUGAAAAUAUAUCCCAAAUUGUUAAAGACGGAAGCUUUUCCAAACAAGCAGGACAGAUUGUCCAAAUCAGAGCUCACUCAGCUUGCAGUGAGUCUCGUUGAUUCUGUUCUAAUGGAGUUGGCAAAAGUCCAAGGAGUUCGGAUAGGCAAACCAGAGGAGGAAUGCAACCUUCUUCAUCAACCACAUAUUGUUGACAAAGUUGUCCAAACUGUUCACUUAGACUUGAUGGAAAAAGCAGGCUCCCAGCUAGACUUACAAAAAGCAGUGUCCUCCAGGAGCCAGACACUGAUCCAAAGAAUUAAUCAUUCUUUGGUCAGAGAAAUUUCAAAUCUACAUCUUAGGGCAAGUGAGUCUUCAGCCCCAUCUCCUCUGUCCUUCACUAAUACAGACCCUGCGGAUGUCAUUCAGGGUGGUGAUUUCGGGUGCCCUACCAGUCAAAGUGAACUGGGAAUAUUUGUGACUCCCUCCUCUAGUGUAUGUAAAGUGUCUUCUAAAAUGCUAAAAGAAAUGAUUGCUAGGCUAAUACUGAAAAUAUACCCUGAUUUUUCAAAGGUGGAAACCUUCCCAAACAGCCAGAAAAGACAGGAGCUCAUUCAACUUAUUGUGAACCUCGAUGAUUCUGUUCGAAUGGAGUUAUCUAAAAUUCAAGGGGUAGUUAUAGAAAACAAGGCAGAAGAAAGCAACCUGUCUUACCAACCUGAUAGUAUUAAAAAAAUUGUCAAGACCGUGCACUGGGACUUGAUGCUAAAACUGGGUUCCCAAGCAGCCUUACAAAAAGCAGUGUCCUCCAGAAGCCAUGCAGUGAUCCAAAGUAUAACCAGUUCUAUGAUCAGAGAGAUUCCAAUUAUAGAGCUUUUAGCUAGUGAGUCUUCAACUCCAUCUCCUCAGUCCUUAGUUAUGCAAACCAGCAGUACUGAUCAGAGUAGAAGGAGUCCUAAUGUUUCUGCGAGUGACCAAAGUGAACUUGGAAAAUCUUUGGUCCUCGUUUCUAAUGUGUGUCAAGAUAAGAAAGCAUCAGGAUCUUGGAAUAAGACAGAAAGAAAGCACUCUAAAAUAAAAUCCAAAACACAAUCAGAGGCCAGCUUACCCAGUCACCAAAACAUUAAGUCUAUUCCUUCAAUUGGUCUGAGACAGAAUUCACCAUUAAAGGCUUCAACUGCAUCUUCUAACAUGUGUGUGUCAUCUGAAUUGGUAGAAGAAAUUAUAACUAGGUUGCUGCUGAAAAUAUAUCCCAAAUUGUUAAAGGCAGAAGGCUUUCCAAACAAGCAGGAAAUAUUGUCUAAAUCAGAGCUCACAAGGCUUGCAGUGAAUCUCAUUAAUUCUGUUCUAAUGGAGUUGGUAAAAGUGCAAGGGGUUUGGAUAGGCAAACCAGAGGAGGAAUGCAACCUACUUCAUCAACCACAUAUUGUAGACAAAGUUGUCCAAACUGUUCACUUGGACUUGAUGGAAAAAGCAGGCUCCCAGCUAGACUUACAAAAAGCAGUGGCCUCCAGGAGCCAGACACUGGUCCAACGAAUAAAUCAUUCUUUGGUUAAAGAAAUUUUAAAUCUACAUCUUAUGGCCAGUGAUCCUUCAACCCCAUCUCCUCAAUCCUCAGUUACACAAACCAGCAGUGCUGUUCAGAGUAGGAGUGAUAUUGUUUCUGCGAGUGACCAAAGUGAACUUUUAAAAUCUUUGGUUCCCUGUUCUAAUCUGAGGAAAGUGUCUUCUGAGAUGAUUGAAGAUAUUAUAACUAGGCUGCUGCUGAAAAUAAACCCUGAUAUUUCAAAGUCAAAAGGCUUCCCAAACAGGCAGGAACAAUUGUCAGGGCUCAGACAACUUGCUGGGAAUCUCAUUGAUUCUGUGCUAUCUGAGUUGUCAAAAUGGAUAACGGUAGGAAAACAAGAGGAAGAAAGUAACCCCUUUUAUCAAUGGAAUUAUGUUUAUAAAGUUGUUAACUCUGUUCAUAAGGACUUGGUGCAAAUAACUGGCUCCCAGCUAGCGUUACAGAAAGCAGUAGCCUGUGGGAGCCAGACACUUGUCCAAAGCAUAUCCAGUUUUGUUGUCAGAGAAAUCUCAAAUCUACAGCUUCUAGAAAGUGAACCUUCCUAUUGGACCUCCAUUAAUACAGACACCGGCAGUGUUCUCCAGGAUUUUUCAAAGCCCUGUAACAAAAUGAAAGGUGUUUCUUUAAUGCGAUCUGGAUUUGCUGAACCACACACUACCUCUUAUCCAACAACUUUUAUAUCUUCUGAAAUAGUAAAAGAAAUAACAGUCAAACUUCUGUGGAAUAUUUGCCCUGUUAAUUCAAACAGAGAAAAAGAUAGUGAGCUGGCUACAACACUAGUUAAUUAUGUGGUAACAAAACUUGCCAGGGCACAAGAGGGAGUUACUACAUAUAACCCGCUGAUGAACAGAACAGUCCUUACUCCCAUUGAGGUUGUUGAGAAAGUUGUGGAUUCUGUCUACUCUGAGAUGCUGCUGGUGUCUGGCUCCCAGCUAAAUCUACAGAAAAAUGUGGUCAAUGAAAGCCAGGCAUUAGCUCAAAGAUUAUCCAGAUCUGUGUUCAGAGAAUUAUCAGUGCUUAUGCAAACAGAACAAAUACCUUUUGAAACUCUAUUUACUCUUCCAGUAGGCUUAACCAAGAGCCUUGCCUCAUCAAAAGAAAUUAGUAAGUCAAAGUCUGUGUCACCUAAUAGAAAAACUGUUGGGGUUCCACCUUGCUCAUUCACAAGUGCUGCUGCAGAGGAUUUAGUAGUCAACAAGAAAGACACAGUGGAUGAUCAUAGUUCCAUGGGAUGUGUGCAAGACCUUGGUGUGGUUGUUUCUGAUGACAGUGUUUGUGAUCUAGAUUCAAAGCCUUGUGGGGAUCCAAAAAUUAAGAUACUUCCCUUUGUAGUUGACAAACCAAUCCAGAUUGACCCCCGGAUCAUAUCUGAGCGCUUAAAAGUUCUUUCAAUCCAAACUGAACCUCUGGAAACCGUACAGAAGCAGUGCAUGGUUGAGACAGGUCCUGGUUCAUCAGGAAGACUGGAUAUUACGCAGAGAGAGCUGGUGUGCAGAAAUUCGUUUUUUAAUCUAAAGGGCAUAAGGGACAAACAGGACCUCAUCAUUCGAUUAGUGGCACGUGACUUCUUCCAGUCAAAGAAAGAUGACAGUGAAGUGGAUGAGCAGAGCCCACUUCACUUGAACAGUGACCUGAGUGACAGCACGGUUCAGACAGAAGAAAGUGACGCAGUGGACCUUUCCAUAGAGAAGCAGCGUUACAAGCAGCUAAAGCAAGAAAAAAAGAGAAGUAGCCUUAUAAACCUCUAUGCUGAUACCAGAACUAAUUCCAAGUCAUCUAUAGAAGAAGGAGAAAAACUGAACGUCAAAGUCUCAAGAUCUGUGUCUUUCGAUUUCUACAGAGGGGACAUCUAUCGUUAUUCAAAAGCAAAGCGAUUAACUAAAGGGGGUAUUCUAGGUAUGCCCUAUGGCAAGAGUGUGAAAGAGCCACUGUCGAGUGAGGAGGCCAGUCGAACGACCUCAGAAUGUUCCAAAAGUUCUGAAAAGGCCCUAGAAGAUAGCAUGAUCUAUAAAAAUGAAUAUGUGGACACUGUGGACACUGUAGACAGAAACGAUAAGGAUUUUGCCCUUGAGGAAUUUUAUAAGACAAAUAAACACUUUCCUGCCACUGAUGAAGAAGGUAAACGUUUUGGAGGGUGGCGAAAAACUCACAAGAUGGGGCCUGAAUCAAAUUCUGAGACUCCAGUUGUAGAAGAACCAGCGAAGGUUCAGUUUCCUUACAAUCUGGCCUUAAUGUCAGCUGAAUCUCGUUGUCCUGUAUACAAUUCAAACAAGCUGAAUACCCAAAGACCAACUAUGUUAUCCAAAAUAUCUGCUUCUGUAGCCAAACUAUUCCGCCCUUGAAACCAGUGAUUUCCUUCUCUUGACCAAAUUAAAGAAUGAAGAUCAGAAGAACAGAAAUGGCAUAGUAUGUCCUUGGAAGAUACAUUUCUGAAAUAAACAUAUGAAUACAUUGACUGUCUGUUGUAUGACCAUCAUGAGUAGCAGUUUAUUAGAGGGGCCUUUCACCCCUCCUGUACCAGUUGUCAAGUUAGAUUAAGGAUUCUUAUUACUAUACAGCUGUAAUCGAUGCUUAAUUAAAUGAAGAAGAAAAUCAAAAAAACGUAUUACUACAGCAAGUCAACAAGUGGGUCUUAAUUUGGUGUGUCCAUUCCUUAUUAUGAAAAAGUACAAAAUAAUCUAAAAUUACAGUAUACAGUUUAAGUUUACCUGGAUUCAGUUUUGUGUACUCAAUAAUGCAAUUCCGCCAUGUAGAAAGUUUCUAUCUCAUAUUGCUCCAUAUGAAAAAAACAUUCUGUACUGAUGAGAGCAGUGGAUACAUGAUAGGCAUGCUAAUACUUCAUAAAAUCUGCCACACUGUUUCUUCCUUGUUUAGUUUUUUUUUUAUACCUUGGUUCAGUUUAUUCCCAAAUAAAGAGGGGAAUAACUAAAAUUGAAUGUUAUACCUGACAAGAUGAGUGUCAUUAUUUCUCUUUGGGCCUGGUGAAGGGCUUAAGUUUUACUAUGUGAUUUCUAACAGUUCUCACCAUAACUAGUUAGCCACAUGUUAAUUCUGGGUUUGGCCCGCUGACCAUCUUUCUUUUUGUCCUUUUCCCACAAGGAAUCAGAAGCUUUAUUUGAAUGUGAUUAUCUUUUUACAGAGGUCCAAGUGAUCUGUCAAAAAACAAAAUGCAUAGUUACAAAAAUAAAAGAAAUAAAUAAAUUGUUGUGUUGGCUGUAUUGAUCCAGAGAUGAAAAAGAAGAAAUUAUGUUAAUAAUCUUUAUUUUUAUAAAAUGUCUUUGUGGCAAAGUG